AGAGCUGCUCCCCCGCCCCUCGCUGCUUUUCAUACAGACCACAACUACUUCCUGAAGUUACAGUCGCUUGUCACACACCUGGCAAAAGCCUUUGUUUCAAGAUGCAGUGAAGGCAGAGGGUGACCAAGCUACAUACAAAUGCUGGAUCCCAACCUCCCACGGGCAAUUCUGCGUGAGGAUAUUUGACUCUACAUGGAGAGAGGGAGAGAAGCAAGCGCCUGGUGACAGAAAAUGGAAGGAGAACGUGUUAAGCACCUACGGGCCAAGUUCCAAGGGAACAGGCAAAAAUUCCCUGAAAUGAGCAACAGGCCAGGGAGUCAGCUUGCAGCCUCACUUGCAAAGGAGGAGACACACGCACUUAAACCUGGAUCUGAGAGGGACCAAUCUACUAAAUUACCCAAAACCAGGAGGAUAGGUUUGAAAAAUGCUCCUUUAUGUCAGGAUGACGUUCCAGGCUUGGGGCCCCUUUGUGAAGACCCAGCAUGGGUGGCUAACUCCAAGGAUGGAAAUUCUAUGGAAUCCAGCCUCCACCCAGCCGUUCUGCAAACAGGAAUACGAGAGGCACCCCCUGAACAAAAGGGCACAAGGUGGAAUUCAAACCUUCCUGAGAGAAGCCGGACUCAGCAGACCUGGCCACUGAUCAAGCAUGCUAGGAAUCAAGGGGUAAAUGCUGGUGCCCCCCUGGUUCCUGCCAAAGGGACAGCUGUCCCAUCCCUACUGGACACUCCAAGAAGCAUAUCAGAGAAAUGGCAACCUAAGGUUCCUAAGAGAAAGCCGCUGCCACAUGCAACAGCACUGGGAGUCAAGCCAAUGAAACCCCAGCGCCCUCCGGAGGUGGAUCUGGAGGGGUUCUGGAAGGCGGCUGCUAUCAGAGCACAUGCUUAUCCUGCACCAGAGCCAGGGAGAGGCAUGAGGCAUGGUAUGUACAGGAGUACUUUGGUUACAUGCGAACCCCCAGGCAGCUAGAGGAGAGCGGCCCUACAGGAUGGGGAGUCACUAGUGCAGGAAGGAAAAGCUGCUGAAUUAGGAUCUGGAAUUCCUUUGAGUGGAAGGGAAAGAUGCAGUUCUGGGAAAGAAGAGGCGGGUUUUAUAAACAUAACAGGAUGGGGGAAGAACUAGAGAGGAAGUCGAUCCAUUAAUAAAUGAGGAGAUGGAGGAAAUUAAUGAGGACUCAGAAAUUACUGAGAUGCUGUGCUUGUUUUUGCCUGUAGCAAAAGAAAGACCAGAGUGGUGCCUAGUUAGGAAGUGAGCUGGAGAGAGCUGCUUACACACUGGUUGGCUUAGGUAGGGUUACCAUACACCCGUAUUUUCCCGGACAUGUCCGGCUUUUUGGUUCUUAAAUCACCAUCCAGGAGGAAUUUUUAAAUAUCUAAAAACGUCCGGGAUUUUGCCAUUAUUAUUUUUCCCCAAAGAAGAGUUGAUCAUUCAAGAAACAGAGUGAAUGCUGAUUACUCAAGAGAGUGCCCGUUUUUUCCCCCUAGCUCCCAGCGCUUGCGCCGCAGAACAGCUGUUUCGUGUGGCUGGGAGGGAGAGGGGAGAAGGGAGAAUGCGGCGCGCUCAGGGGAGGAGGCGGGGCUGGGGCGGGGAUUUGGGGAAGGGGUCCAAUGGACAGGGAGGGGUCAGAGUUGGGGUGGGGACUUUGGGGAAGGGGUUGGAAUGGGGGCAGGAAAGGGUGGAGUUGGGGCAGGGGCAGGAGAGGGUGAGAGCAAAUCCCUCCCCCCCCCCCCAAGGAGUGUCCUCUUUUUUGAAUGUUCAAAUAUGGUAACCUGAACUUAGGGAACUAAUGAACUUCUCUGUAGCUGGCAGUAACUCACCGGGAACAGUCUCCCCCCAGACAGCCCUGCAUGCUCUCUGAUACUUCUGCGUAGCGGGUGGAAUUGGGAAGGGUACUCGGAGCCAGCAGGAGCAUCCGAGUGGGGCCCAGACAGUGUCAUGUUCCUGCUUUUUGUGUCCAGCCUGAAUCGCCAGAAGCCACCUUUGGUAUUAAUGACUGCAAAGACUCUUGUGUUGGCUCAGUGUGGCAACACUCCUCCCCACGUAGGCAGGGAACAGUGCUCUGCUGAGGUCCUCAGGGUCUAAGCAACUUGCAUAAGAUCACUGCCCCGCUGAUCUUAGCUCUUUUCCAACCCCCUCAUUCCACAAGCUUGCUGGGGGCUUUGCUGUUCCUCGCACUGCUCUGAAGGAUGGGCGUUGGGCCCUUUAGCCAGUUCAUGCUCCGUGUCUUACACUUGGGGCAGGAACCCUGGAGCCUGUGUGGAAGUGGUGGUGCCACGGGUGCCCGAGCUGUGGCCUUGCCCCCUGCUCCCCCUCUUCCCCUAGGGCCCUGCCCCUUGGCCAGGCCGGAAGCCAGAGGCUGGCCGUGGCAAGAGCCACCCAGGGAACCAGAGCUGCUGUGCGGAGCCCUGAACCCUCGACCUGCGCUGGGCAGGGGACUGGGGUGCCCGAGAGCAGGCCCCGACCCGUGCCUCCACUCCCAAAGGUGUGCCGCCCAGCUUAGCAGCUUUCCUACCAUGAAGUGCAGCCCCUGCUGCCACUCUGCGCCUGCCCAAGGCUGCUGCACCCAUGUGAAAAGGUGGACAGGCAUGGCCCUCCAACCUCCCGAUUCUGGCGCCCCUGACUUGGGGCCCUCCUCUGAACUGCACUCUGCUGGUCUCAGGUACUUCUGGCCUCCAUUGCUGUAACAUCUGAGCACAUCACAAUCAUUCGUAUAUUUAUCCUCGCUACAUCCCCUGGGGUAGUGCAGUACUGUUAUAGCCCUUGUACAGAUGGGGAAGGCAAGCAAAGAGAGAGUGAGUGACUUGUGUAAGGUCACACAGACCCUAUGUGGGGGAAGCAGGGAAUCAAACCCUGUUCUUAUGAGUGUUAAGGGGGUGCCCCUAAACACUGAGCCUAAAUCCAUACCAUAAUCAGGAGCCUAAAUCCAUACCAUAAUCCUUGUGUCAGCCACGCUCUUCUCCUGCAUCAGUUGUAGUGCAUCCCUGGUGCAUUUUCACUCUGAGAUGUCUUGCAGACAGGUUCCUCAUUCGCUAUCAUUAGAAUCUUUUCCUUACAGGUUUCAGCUGAAACAAAUGGUUUCUGUAACUCUUUUACCACUUCAAAGUGUAAUUCUUACAUGUACAGCUCAGUGAUAAGAAUCAUCACAUAACCUUAGUUUGAUUUCACACUGUUGCAAAGCUGGGUUUCCUUCUUGUCAGUAAUUGGUGCAGUUAUUAGGUCACAUGACAGUCCUUUCUGAGACAGAAUUUCCUUACCUGGCUGUUUGCCAGGGUGCACGCUUCACGGUUUUCCUGGUGUUCUAUCUGCCCCUAUAAUACUGACUAUGGCUACAUCAGGUGUGCUGGCCUCUUUUGCCUUCAUCCAAAUGGACCUUGUUUUGCUACCCGUGCAGUCAAUAGGCUUUUGUAAAAAGGUUUAUCUCCAUCUCUGGACAUGUCUCUCUGCCCUCACACGCUGGCUAUCACACAAUAAUGAUGCACAGUAAUCUCAAUGCACAAUAGUUUCUGCAUUGUCCUCUUUUCCUGCUGUUUGUCUUUUCUUUUCUGUGCAGGUGUCCCCCCACUACAUUACUGGUUUUGCCUUGGUUGGGCUGAAUUCAUUUUUCAGGCACAAAUUUAUAAUGUAGCGAAUCUAGCUUGGCCUCUCCUCACAUCUGAGCCCUGGCAUCUGCAUCUCUUGUGUCCAGUGCCAUGUCGUCUUGUAUCAGUUUACCAUGCAAUGACCAGACAUGCCUGCCAGCUGAUCCCUGGGUUUGGAAUGUCCCUGGCCAGUUGGGUUAAGUGCAUUCAUACAGUACGUUCCUGGAUGGCUGGAAGAGCUUCUCCUGCGCUGCCAGGGGCUCUGUAACAGCCUGCUGCUGCGCUCCAGGCAGCAUGGGAAGCUGGUAAAUAUGGGAGCAGGCUGUUCACAGCAAGCCUUACCGAAGGAGCUCCCUUGUCCAGUUCACUUGCAACUUCACAGGCUUCCCAUUGUGGCUGAAGAAAUGCCUGGCUUGCCCUCUAAGGGAACUGGAUUUAUUUCCGAUCACUCAAGCUUCCUCACAGCAAGUCCAGCCCUCUCUGCCUUCAUGCCGUCUUUGGUCUGGAAGCUGAUUUGUUCUUUACUUGGGGGUCUAAAAACACUCAAAUCGUCCCACGUUUCAGCAAAGGCAUUUCAAACAGCAGUGCUACUGUCCUGGACAGCCACUAGGGGGUGCCAGACACUGGUACUCAAUGCCCAGUCUGGGAGCUGGGGACCCAGGCGUGUGCAGGGUCUGGCGGGGGGAGGGAGUCAGUCCAGGGGAGUGCUGGAUAUAGGAAGGCGGUCAGUCCAGGGGCGUUAGGGAGCUGGGCCCGGGGAGGAUCCAUUUCUGGACAAUGGAAGGGAGAGAGCUGGAAUGAAGCUAUAAUAGAAACCCCCUCUAGAAUGAGAUGGGCUGAGUGUGAUGUGCGUUGUCAUUGCAGUGCUCACUGUUGUAGGCUCUUUCACCCAUGGGGGGCGGGGGGAGGCUGCGCCUUCCUGCAGACUUUCUGGGAUUUUUUCAAUGCAAGUCAGUACGAUCUUGGAUUCCGGUGUACGGUGACGUAUGGCCUGUGGUAGGCUGGCAGUGGGGUCAUCAGGGAAGGCGAGCCUCUUUCACUUUCUUCUGAGAACUGUAAGACUUAAUCGCUGCCAGUGAUGCAGUCUUCAGGGUUCUGGUUUAAUAGCAGUUGGGAGCUGUGCCAGGGGCAGAAACCCCCGACCUUAAAAAGUAGGGACUGUGCUGCUUGGACACCAUUGAUCACUCUGGCCACUAGACCUGCCUCUAGGCCAGUACCGCUUUUCCUUUGGUCCAUAGGGAGAACUCGGGUUGUGUGGGGUAGCUACACUUCUGUGUGACCAGCUCCGAAACCGUUGUGAUGAUGUCCUAGUUUGGGCAACUGCCCCGGUAUGUUCUGCUCCGGGGUCCAGCCAGGGCACCCACUCUAGGCUCCAGCCCCUCAGCCAUCACCUCUCUUGGGUGGAGACCAAGUCUCUUGCCCUCCUGACCAGGGUUGUUCCAAGCUGCACACUUCCCUGCCUACACUAUGAGUUCCCCAGCAAGUCAGACUGCCUCAGCCAGCCUGCUUGGCCUUCCUUCCUCAGAGGCUAUCAGCAGGGUAAUUGCAUCAUUAGCAGUCAGCAGACAGCCCUUUCUAAGGGUAGUGUCUACACUACAGCUUAUGUCAGAAUAACUUAUGUGGCUCAGGGGUGUAGAUAAACCACGCCCCUGAGAGACAUAGGUUACACCCACAGACGUGCCGGCGUGGGCACUGCUGUCAGUGGGAGAGCUUCUCCUGCUGCCCACAGAGGCGGUUUUAUUACACCAACAGGCGACACAGCACCCGACUCAUUCACUGCAAUGCACCGUACAAGCUGUACGUCCAGUGAACUCCCCCAGCGCCUUUCUGCACUGACUGUGGCCAGGUCUACAUGAGACACUUUUGCCGGUAGAGCAAUGUCAGGUCACCUGAAGCCAAAUUCUGCUGUGUCUUCCCCAGUCCGACUUGCACCUCAAGCUGCUUCAUCUCCUCGUGUCCCGAGGUCAGCGGCGGAAGUACUGAGAUGUGACCAAGAGCAGAUAUAUGAUGAUGUGGAAGCAGUUGGGCCAAUUGGCAUAGGGAAAGGACGUCCGUCAUCGUCUGCUUCCCGGCUCCCAGCAAGUCCCCGCUCUGGAACAGGUGCCAAGCUGACCCUUGACAGAUUUCCCCCACCGCCCACUGAGCCCAGAAAAGCCCAGAUUUCAGAGCUAAGCGGGAAACGUGUGAAGAAUCUCAAACAGUGCAAGAAAGAAGAGCAGACGGACAAGGAAUUUCGGAAGAAAUUCAAGUUCGAAGGGGAAAUCCGUGCUCUGACCCGAAUGAUGGUCGAUCCCAACGUUGCUGAGAAGAAAGGGGGAGGGAAGAAUCUGCCGCUCAAGCGAGGAGAGAUUCUGGAUGUCAUUCAGUUUACGAGUCCCGAGAGACUCCUCUGCCGGAACAACCAGUGGAAGUAUGGCUACGUCCCCAGGGUGACGCUGCUGCAGCUGGACACUGACAUUUACGAUGACGUUGCCUUUUGUGAUGAAAUUAAUUCUUCCACCAAAGUCAGCAAGUGAUUUCACCAGCAGAGGGGGGGGCUGUGAGGACAGAAACAUGAAAACAUUAAAUGCAAGUUUCCUUCUUCGAAAUGGGAGUUGCCUUCUCCACAGUUAGUGCUCCAAAGGCAACGUGUCCUUUGUAACAUGGCAGGGUGGUUAAUUUUUUAAUAUGUUGGGCUUCUGGAAGGAUUUUGCCCCGCAUUCAGCAAAACUACUCAAAAGUAGGACAGGAACCACAAUAGUGUUCAGAGAAACAGGUUACAAGUGAGCUGGAAAUAAAGAAUCUGCUGUGUUUCUUGUUUUUGUCCAUGUAAA